AUGGAUGAGGAGCUUAGAGGGAAGGUGGUGGAGGUUAAGAGAGUCAGUGAUAGGCUAAUAAUAAUUAAGUUGGUCUUUGGCGGGUUUAUGCUGCAUGUGUGUAGUGUGUAUGCACUGCAGGUGGCCUUGGAAGAUAAGGUGAAAGUGAGAUUUUGGGAGUCCUUAGAUGAGGUGGUGAGAGGCGUUCCUAGCUCAGAGAAUAUUAUUAUAGCAGGGGACUUCAAUGGGCAUAUUGGGGUUUUACCGGGAGGGUAUGAUGAUGUGCAUGGAGGUUUUGGUUUUGGCCAUAGAAAUAGUGAGGGGGUUGCUCUGUUGUAUUUUGUGAGGUCCUUUGGGCUGGUGCUAGUGAAUCCAAGCUUUUCGAAGAAGGAGGAUCACCUGAUUACCUUUUGA